AUGUGUAGGGCCUUUCCUACUACGCUGAAGGGGCCGACAAGAAUAUGGUUCAGCAGACUAACGCCUAACUCCAUCAGCACUUUCAAAGAGCUAAGUGACGAAUUUGCCUCACACUUUAUUGGGGGGCAUAAGUAUAAAAAAUCCACUGCGUGUUUGAUGAGCAUCAAGCAACGAGAGGAUGAGACGUUGAGGUCUUACAUAGCUCGCUUUAACAAAGAAGCACUUUCAAUCGAUGAGGCCGAUGAUAAAAUACUUGUAGCCGCAUUCACCAAUGGAUUAUGGAAUGGUAAGUUUCUAUUUUCAUUAUAUAAGAACGAUCCAAAGACUAUGUCAAAUGUGCUUUAUAGGGUGACCAAAUACAUGAAUGCUGAAGAUGCACUUCUGGCCCGAGAGGAGAGGCCUAAGAAGAGAGAAAGACAGGAGGACACACGGCAAGACAGAAAGCGAAAGAUGGCGAGAACUGGAGAACGAAGUGCUCCAAGCCCCCUACGGGAAAUUCACGAGCUUCGCCCCACUAACUGCCCCAUCAACCAAGUCCUGAUGCAAAUAAAGGACGGGGGAGCCCUAUCCUUCCCCAACAAGCUGAAGGGAGAUCCCAAUAAGUGGUCCAGAGACAAAUACUGCCAUUUCCACCGUGACCACGAUUAUGACACAGCCGACUGCUACAAUUUGAAACAGCAGAUUAAAGCCCUCAUUAGGCAAGGGAAAUUAUAG